AUGUUUAUUUGGGGCGAAGGCAUUGAUAAUAUUCGUCUCUGGGCUUCAACUGUGACUGUUGUUGAUGGAUCAAAGAUCACAAAGGAUCUCCUCCGUGCUAUUGGCAAUGAAUUGUGGGGUGAGGAUGGAAAGCCAUGGGGUAGCUUCGAUGCUGAUGGUGAUACCGACGAGUAUGAUGUGCGCAUAAUUGAGCCAGGAGAUUGGUGUACUUAUGCAAUGGCAUGUCUUUCCCAUCUGGAUGACCUGAAGUGCAUCAGCUUACAACCUUUGCAGAGAAAAGAUUCGGCAAGCACAAGUGAUGCAACCAACUCUCAGCGCUCUGCCAAACGCGCACGAGUGAACUACACCAUCUCCGAAACUUCCCCCAAUGGGAUUGCUUCCAAGUAUUCGACGAGCUUUGACGCUUCAACAAUCGCUUUACCCCAUGGGUCAGUGAGAUUCAUUAAUCGAGCUGAGAAGUUGAGCACGCAGAGGUUUACAUGA